AUGACUUACGACAAGACAGCCUACUAUGCCGAUCAUCCUCCUACCGUAGUCCGUCUCGAGAUCAAGCCUCACUUUGAAGCCCUCAACCAGCAACAAAAACAAUAUGCUCACCAUCUGAGUCGAGCUGCAUUCGCUGGUCAGAGAGUUGUCCUUGCUCAGGUAUCACCCGAGUCUCCGCCCACCUACGAUCUCAUCCUAGCCAUACACAAAGCCUGCAAAGGCGACUAUCAAAAGCUAGCUGAGAAGACUGGAGUUCCUUCUGACGAUGUCGCCCUCUACCUGGAGUAUGCAGCACAGUUCUUGGGCAACUCAGGAAACUACAAGAGCUUUGGGGAUUCAAAAUUCAUACCUAGACUAUCGCCAGACCAAUUCGAGAAACUAUGCAAUGUUUCCGAUUCUGCCAAAGAGCUCUACCAGGCAGCUUCGAAUGCUGGAGGUGGCAUAUUUGAGACACAAGAUGCUGGUCUCAUGCAUUUGGGGUACACAGACCAGGGCCACAUGACUACAUAUUAUCCAGAUUCGCCGGAGAUCACUAAAGAAGAAAUUCAGAUCAUUCAAGAUGUCAUGGAGUCGGUAAAUCUAAUGCCGGAAAACACAAGACUGAGGAAAGAAAAGGAUGGAAACUUCAGCUUGCUCAUUGCUUCUGGUAUUCAAAACCCGCCUUCUGAAGAACGAGAUUUGGGUGACAAGGACUCAUUGAGCUUAACUGGCAAGCUCGACGGAAAGAAGCUAAACCUCGUUUUUGGUGAUCACCUCAACGAGAUGGCUAAAGCAGCGUUGGAGAUAAAGCGUGCAGAAAAGGUAGCUCUUAACGAUACCGAAAAGUCCAUGCUCGAGGAGUACGCCAAGUCAUUUGCCGCCGGUAGCAUGAAUGCACACGUCGACUCUCAACGCUGGUGGAUCAAGGACAAGAAGCCAAUGGUCGAGUCUAAUAUCGGCUUCAUCGAAACGUAUCGCGAUCCUCACGGUGUUCGAGGCGAAUGGGAAGGUCUUGUGGCAAUGGUCAACCUUGAGCGAACGAAAGCCUUCUCAAAGCUUGUCGAAACAGCCCCGGAAAUGAUACCUAAACUUCCUUGGUCGAAAGAGUUUGAGAAGGAUAGCUUUCUGGCUCCCGAUUUUACCUCUCUCGAGGUCCUUACAUUUGCAGGUUCAGGCAUCCCUGCAGGCAUCAACAUUCCCAACUACGACAAGGUUCGACAAACAGAAGGUUUCAAGAACGUAUCUCUGGGCAACGUCUUGAGUGCUAAAGCUCCCAACGAACCCAUACCUUUCAUCAGAAAAGAGGACGACGAGGUGUAUCGCAGCAUGCGUGAUCCAGCAUUUGAGGUUCAAGUCGGCAUUCACGAGCUACUAGGUCACGGUUGUGGUAAGCUGCUUCAAGAGACAAGUCUGGGUGUCUACAACUUCGACAAGCAAAAGCCACCUGUCAGCCCUUUGACUGGUGAACCAAUCAAAACAUGGUACAAGCCUGGCCAAACUUGGGGAUCUGUCUUUGGUGCUACUGCAGGCAGUUACGAAGAAUGUCGUGCUGAAUGCGUUGCCAUGGCACUUUCCUGUGAUUUUGAUAUUCUCAAGAUCUUUGGCUUUGGCGACGGCACAGUUGACAUGAACAGCGAAGCCGGUAAUGUGUUGUACGCAGCAUACCUGUCAAUGGCUCGUGCUGGUAUCACUGCACUCGAAUUCUGGGAUCCGAAGAGUCGAAAAUGGGGUCAACCACAUAUGCAGGCUCGGUUCAGCAUUCUCAAGACAUUCAUCAAUGCCGGAAAAGACUUUGUUUCGCUCAAAUCAACAAAAGAUGACAUGUCCGAUCUAGAGAUUCAUUUGAACAGAGACAAGAUCCUCAGCACAGGGCGCAAGGCAGUCGAGGCAUAUUUACAGAAACUACACAUCUACAAAGCGACAGCCGAUGUGGAGAGUGGUGUCAAAAUGUACAACGAGAUCACGAGUGUCGACGAGUGGUGGGCUGAAAAGGUCCGUCCCGUAGUGCUGAGCAAGAAGAUCCCCAGAAAGGUCUUUGUGCAAGCAAACACGUACAUGGACUCAACCAGCGGCAAUGUGACUUUGAAAGAGUACGAACCUAGCUGUGAAGGUAUGAUUCAGAGCUUUUUCGACCGCGAUGUUUAG